CAUCAUUCAACCUCCUUUUUUUCUAUUCACACAUACUACACAUCAUUAUAUACAUUCAUAAGUAGUUGAGAAAUGAAACCAAAGAAAUAAUGAAACUAGAUCUUUAAGCCUUUGCAUGAUUUUUUUGUGUGUGAAUUGUGCUAACUAGUAUUGAAUGGAUUCUUGUGAGAUCAAAUCACCACAAGCUCCUCAACAAGGGACACCAACACCAUGUAUGAACAGAAAGAAACUUGGAAUUUACUUCAUUGAAUCUGAAGAUAGAAGAAUGGCUUUAGGACGUGGAUAUACAAGAGGCUCUACUCCUGUUAAUAUUCAUGGCAAAUCCAUUGUUGAUCUCUCAAAAACUGGUGGUUGGAUUGCUGCUUUCUUUAUAUUUGGAAAUGAAAUGGCAGAAAGAAUGGCUUAUUUUGGACUUUCUGUUAACAUGGUGGCUUUUAUGUUUUAUGUGAUGCAUAGACCUUUUGCAAGUUCAUCCAAUGCAGUCAAUAAUUUCUUAGGGAUAUCACAAGCUUCUUCUGUUCUUGGUGGAUUUCUAGCUGAUGCAUACCUUGGACGUUAUUGGACAAUAGCUAUCUUUACUACGAUAUAUCUCGCGGGUUUAACCGGAAUAACAAUAUGCGCAACAAUGAGCAUUUUUGUACCAAAUCAAGAAAACUGUGACCAAUUAUCUCUACUAUUAGGAAACUGUGAGCCUGCAAAACCAUGGCAAAUGACAUAUCUCUACACAGUUCUGUACAUUACAGCAUUUGGAGCUGCAGGUAUAAGGCCAUGUGUGUCAUCUUUUGGAGCAGACCAAUUCGAUGAAAGAAGCAAAAACUACAAAUCACAUCUUGAUAGAUUUUUCAACUUGUUCUAUCUUUCUGUGACGAUUGGCGCAAUCAUAGCAUUCACAGCAGUUGUUUAUGUCCAAAUGAAAUAUGGUUGGGGUUCUGCUUUUGGUUCAUUGGCAAUAGCAAUGGGAAUAUCUAACAUGUUGUUCUUCAUUGGUACACCUCUGUAUAGACAUAGGUUACCAGGUGGAAGUCCUCUUACACGUGUCGCUCAAGUAUUGGUUGCCGCAUAUCGAAAAAGAAACGAAUCUUUUGAUAGUAGCGAGGUUAUUGGUUUGUACGAGGUUCCCGGUAGAAAAUCCGCUAUAAAGGGUAGCCAGAAAAUUGAUCAUACCGAUGAUUUCAGGUUUCUUGACAAAGCAGCAUUACAAUUGAAACAAGAUGGCCCUAAUCCAAAUCCAUGGAACCUUUGCACAGUCACACAAGUUGAAGAAGUGAAGAUCCUCAUAAAACUACUCCCUAUUCCAGCUUGCACAAUCAUGCUCAAUGUAAUCUUAACAGAAUUUCUAACACUCUCAGUUCAACAAGCCUACACAUUGAACACUCACCUAGGUCAACUAAAACUCCCCGUUACGUGCAUGCCGGUUUUCCCGGGCCUAAGCGUCUUCCUAAUCUUGUCCCUCUAUUACCAAACCUUUGUACCAGUUUUCAAACUCAUCACUGGCCAUCCACACGGCGCAUCACAGCUUCAACGAAUCGGUAUCGGUCUAGCAGUUUCGAUUCUCUCGGUUGCUUGGGCCGCAAUCUUUGAGAAAUAUAGACGAAACUACGCAAUUCAAAACGGUUUCGAAGCUAGUUUCUUGACAGCAAUGCCAAAUUUAAGUGCUUAUUGGUUACUAAUCCAAUAUUGCUUAAUCGGCGUGGCGGAGGUUUUCUGCAUUGUUGGUUUGUUGGAGUUUUUAUAUGAAGAAGCACCUGAUGCUAUGAAGAGUAUUGGUUCUGCUUAUGCUGCUUUAGCUGGCGGAUUAGGUUGUUUUUUCGCAACGCUUAUAAAUAGCGUUGUUAAAUCUGUUACUGGAAAUUCAGACAAAAGACAAGAAUCUUGGUUGUCGCAAAACAUCAACACUGGAAAAUUUGAUUAUUUUUAUUGGAUUCUUACAGGUUUGAGCUUGAUCAAUUUCUUUGUGUUCUUGUUUUCAGCACAUAGAUACAAAUACAGGACACAACAUGUUUAUGAGAUGGAGAAUAUUAAACAUGAUGUGAUAAACAAUGGAAACUCUACAACAGUUUCGAGCUAGUUUGAAUAAUAGAGUUAUAUAUAUAUAUAUAUAUUCCUUUAAAGUGAGAGGGUGUAUUUAAAGGAUUAAAUGUGGAAUUAUAAUCAGUGAUUGAAAAGUUAAUUAUUAAUGAAUGUUGGUUUUUUUAAUGAUAUUAAUGGAAACUCACUUCAACAACAGGUAAACCAUGAGCAAUAGCAGAAGUGUUGAAACACAAAGUUUCAUAGUUUGCAAGAAUCACACCAACAUUACUUGAGUAUAUUUUGUUGGUUUUUUUGGAUAAUGAUUGUCUUUUAAACUUAUUAGUGAAUGUUGUCACUUAAUGAUGUUGAGUCAUUAUGAAUAAAUAUGGAUCAUUUUUAAUGAUAUUAAUGAAUGUUACAAUUUUUGAAUCA